CCUAAUUUGCUGCGCUACGUCUAUUUGUUCUGCCUUGUCCUCAGCUUGGUUUUCUGGCACGUUGCAAGGACUUGAUCUCACUGCUAUCCGAUUCUUUGUCAGACGGUCCCGACGGCAACUAUGACGAAGGUGGAUUUGGUAUGCGACCUCAGAAGCGAACUGUACGUCGAGAACGGGAUGACAAAGUCCACGAUUCAAUAAUUGAAGAGCGAAUCCAACGCGAACGUCCCUGUCGUACUUUGUUUAUACGCAACAUUAAGUAUGAGACGAAUAGUGAGGACGUCCGUCGUUCCUUCGAAGAGCAUGGAGAUAUCAAGACCUUUUUCGAUCUCAUUGCAACGCGGGGAAUGGUUUUCGUGACCUUUUACGAUAUUCGCGCAGCUGAGCGUGCUAGGGAUCGUCUGCAGGGUUCUGAGAUAAGUGGAAGACCCAUCGAUGUUCAUUAUUCUCUUCCACGCGAUGACCAAAAGCAAGGUGGCGAUCGUGACAAGAAUCAGCAAUUUCAGGGCAACCUAAUCGUCACACUUAAGGACUCUAUUCAGACUAUCGACGAUAAUGAGGUCAGACGUAAAUUUCAACAGUUCGGAGACGUUAAUCAACGUUAUGUUGAAUUCUAUGAUAUCAGGGCUUGUGAUGAGGCGUUCGAUCGUCUCCGUCACCAAGGGCUGCAAGAUGGAACCAUGGAUAUCACCUAUGCAUGGGAGGAGUCUGAGAUUUCUGGUCCUCCUACUCAGCGCCGUGAGCAAAGAUUUGACGGUGGACGGGACUGGGAUGAUGGUGGGCGCGGUUUUCGAGGCCGGGGUCGGGGCAGGGGCCGCGGCGGCGGUGGCCGAGGCCGUGGCUCAUUUGAGGAUUGGGACCGGCGUGAUGACUUUGGCAGGGAUCGUGAUCGCGGGCGCUUUGAAGAUGAUUACAGGGGUGGUGGGCGCGGCGGUGGCGGUGGCGGCGGCCGGGGUGGCUACGGAGACAGAUUUGAUUCCCGCGGUCCUCUCUCGAGUGGACUUGGCUCGGGUUCUGGUUCGUAUAACGAGCCGGCGAACGUCACUGCGUAUAACCAGCCCCCGCCAGCAAUAUCUCAGUACAAUCAGCCCCCGCCAGCAACCACUCAGUAUAACCAGCCUCCGCCAGCAGCUACUCAGUAUAAUCAGCCCCCGCCAGCAACCACUCAGUAUAACCAGCCCCCGUCAGCAGCCACUCAGUAUAACCAGCCCCCUCCAGCAGCCACUCAGUACCACCAACAGCCGCCAUCAGCCAAUCAAACUGGCACAGGGGAUCGGUUGGAGCAGGCACGCAAAGUUCAACAACUGCUUGCGGCACUGAAACAACCCCAGAAUGGUGCUACGCCGUCUCCCACGAUGCAACAGGGACCGCCAACACCAGGACCUCCCCCGAGCUCACUUGGAAUGCCCCCUCCACCCCCACAUCAAAACCCAUACUAUGCACCGCCCCCCGUUCAGCAACCCGCAGCGCCCUAUCCUCCGCCUGGGCCCAGCGCUAACCCAUAUGCUCAGAUGCCUUCUCAGACACCCACUCCUCAGCCAGGGCAGAUGCACACUGGAAUGCCUGGCUUACCUCCAAAUAUCCUUGCAUUAUUACAACAGUCGCAGGGUCAGCAGGGUCAAGGCAAUGCCCCCCAACAAAUGCAAUCGCAAUAUGGAAUACCUCCCCAGCCACCUCAGUCCAUGAUGUCCCCACCUCCCAUGUCUAGCAUGCCACCCGGCGCCCCCCAGCCAGGAACUCCGAAUUACCAACAAUUAAUGGCCAUACUUGCUUCUCAGAAAAGGUCGAUUUUUCCUUGUUGCACUUGUCGUAUAGAUACGUGUUAUGUUGUGUACAUGCAGACUAUCGUUUCUCUGUGCUCAGUGGUGCUGGCGACGAAUCCGGCGCCGCAGAUGGGCAUACGUAUUUGAUCCUGAGCUCUAUGAUGUUCCUGGUUCCUGGGUAUGACACUCUAAAGUAGUGCAUCCAAGUGCAAACUCAGCGCUACUCAAUCGCUGGGUUCGGGUU